GUAAAACUAAUUGCCGAAUGCAGUAUAUUUGCGUUCGCGAUCCAAUGGCCGUAGCUACCGCGAUACAAGGGCCUAGCGCACUUGAAAUAACACCGGUUAGACUCUCCUUCACUCAUCGAAGAAUGGGUGCCCCUCAACUCGAAGUCUUCAGUCUUCCAGAUACGCUAUGUCGCUGGGCAUGGAGCCGGAAGCUGAAUCCAAACUACAAGAAGGUCAAAGAAGAAUCCAAGGCGUGGCUGGAAAGCUUUCACGCCUUCCCGCCCAAAGCACAGAACGCCUUCAAUCGUUGCGAUUUCAAUUUGCUAGCCUCGCUCGCAUACCCAGAUGCGUCUGCUGAGCAUUUGAGGACCGGUUGCGACCUUAUGAACCUUUUCUUUGUGUUUGAUGAGUACACCGAUGUCUGCGAUGCCGUAGAAGCAAGAAAGCUAGCGGACAUUGUUAUGGAUGCACUCAGAAACCCGGACCUCCCUCGCCCGCAGAAUGAAUCUAUAGUGGGAGAGAUUACCAGGCAAUUCUGGCUGUUGGCAAGAAAAACUUCAGUCAAAAGUGCACAGGAAGUGUUCAUUGAGACCUUUGAUACUUACACAACCUCUGUGGUCGAACAAGCUGAGGAUCGAGUAACGCAUCAUAUUCGCGAUGUUGAGUCGUAUCUGAAAGUUCGACGCGAUACAAUCGGUGCCAAGCCUUCGUUCGCUCUACUUCACUUGGGCUCGGACCUACCAGAAGGUUUCUUGUUAAAUCCUCUCGUGGAAUGCAUCUCUACUCUUACGAUAGAUCUCCUUAUCAUCGGAAAUGAUAUAUGUUCUUAUAACGUGGAGCAGGCCCGUGGCGACGACGCCCACAACAUGGUCACGAUAGUCAUGAAUAGCAUGUCUCUCAAUCUCGACGACGCAUUGUUGUGGAUAUCCAAUCUUCAUGACAUUUUGGUAGAUUGGUUCGUCGAAACGUAUGACACCAUACGAGCAGAGCUGCCUAUGUUGAAAGAAAGCGAUGCGGCGGUUGCGUAUAUCAACGGCUUGGGAAACUGGGUUAGAGCAAAUGACUGUUGGAGUUUUGAAAGUGAGCGAUAUUUUGGACAGAAAGGUGUUGGGAUCCAAAACACACGUAUAGUAGAACUUUUACCUCGAAUUUGUUGAAUACUUUCUAGGGAGCACCUGCUCGUUAUUUUUUCGUCUUUUUGGCAGCUAACAGAGCAACGUAGGGAAGCGCUCAUUUAGACGCGCGGGGUUACAAUAACAGGCAAUCAAUUAUCUUUGUAAUA